UUUUGCAGUUAUGGAGGAGGCCGAAUGAGACACACAUUAUCACGCCCAUCAGGAAUGCUGGGUCACCUGGUAUGCGUCGUGUCAAGUCACGACGGGCACCGAACCCAUCGGACAAUCGUCAGCAGCCAUCUUUGUCAUCAUCGUCAUCAUCAUCAUCAGCAUCAACAACAACCCGCAAUAACAAAAUAGGAACCGAGUCGUUAUCUGUUGCUGUUGGUGAUGGACUCGAUGACCUGAUGUCGGUGUCACAGGACGAGGCAGCACCGACACCACCUCGGCGACGAGUGUCGUGUCGUGGAACACAAACGACAAUCAAUGACGCCGUCCUGAUGACCUCCACAAGUCAAAGUGGAAUAAGCAAUAACAGCUGCAGUCAUAAUCAUCAUAAUGAUGAUGAUUAUGAAGAAAACAGAUUGAUGAACCACGAUGAUGGAGCACGUGUCUUGACUGAGACGCUGAAUGAAAAGCUGGACGAAAUCGAGGCACUCAGGAUGAAGCUGAAAGAUGUCGAGGAAGCUCUUCGAUGUUCGGUGAAUUUUCUAGUCUAUACAUAA